CUAAACGGUGCUAUCACGAAGACACGACAACAAGAAGCCACAACACGCAAACAAAAUGAGGUUCUUUAUCCUUCUAGUCGUAGCUGCGUUUGCCGCGUACGCCGUUGGCCAGCGUAUUCAGCAGCAGGAACAAUAUGGGCCUCCUGCUCCUUACCAGUACUCGUACGCUACCGAGGACAAAGAGGGAUCCUCGACUGCUGAAGAGUCCACCGAUGGAUCUGGCCGUAUUCAGGGCAAGUACACUAUCUCGCUGACCGAUGGACGUCAGAGGACCGUAACAUACUGGGCUGAUGACAGCGGAUUCCACGCCGACGUGAUCACCAACGAACUCGGAACGGAAUCGAAAAACCCGGCCGAUGUCACCAUUCAGUCUACGGCACCGACCGGAGCGGAAGCUGCCCUUCAGUUCGAAUCACAAAGGCUCAAGUCUAAAGCCUCGAACGUUGUUCCCGUUUACGCUCCGGUUCCCGCUGCAUACGCCCCUGUGCACUCCCGUUUCUUCUAAACGAAAUUCGUCCAUGUUACUUCAUCAACGAGAUUUCAUAACGAAAUUAAACCAUGGUUUGGAACACCGACUUAGUCAAUGUCUAUCGCUAGGAUCUUAACAGCAGAUAAAAGCCUUUGAGCAGUUUUCAAGGUCGCCCAAAGAUUAUACGUUUAUUUUACUCUGAUCGUUUUUUCUGUCGAAGAUGUUCUUCCCAACUUUUAACAACCGCCAACUAUCUCCUGUACUAAGUGCGCCUCAUCUAUUCCAUACCGUUAAUCUUAACCAAGCUCAACUUUUCGAUCACAUCGUCUCUAUGAUAAUUUAUAGCUUUGUGUCUCAACUAUCAUUGGUAACAUCUGUUACUAUGUAAAUAAACUAAUUCUUGAUUGUCCA